UUUGACCUUACUCUACUCUAACCAUCAUGGCGUCUUUGGAUCCAAAAGUUACCGCUCGGAGAAAAGUUGUCAUCAUAGGCGGUGGAAUGGCCGGGAUUUCUGCAGCUCACAGGCUGACGACUGCUGGGUGGACGGAUGCGAAGAUCGUUGAGGCGAGAGACCGUCCAGGUGGCAGGAUAUGGACCCAACGCUCAGGCCCAAACAUCAUAGAGCUUGGUGCCAAUUGGAUCCAUGGAAGUGAAGGAAACCCCAUCUACAAGCUUGCCACUGAUCACAACCUUCUGAAGAAUUCAGCAAGAUUCCAAAAAUUCGACCCUCGUUAUAGGCUUCGAGGUGACACCUUCCUGCCUGGGGGACAAGUCAUAGACAGAAAGAUUGUGCAAGAGUUCCUGAACAUGUACGAGGAAGUGAUAGAAGAAUGUAUCAGUUUCUAUCUCAAGAAGAGACGUCCCCAGCAUCCUGAUGAAUCAGUUGGUAACUACCUUGAGCAAGAGUUUCCUAGGAGACUUGGCUUAUCUAACGACAGUGAUGAUGUCAAGAGGUUGAAGAUGGCCCUCUUUAAGCAACAUCUUAAGCAAGAGACCUUUGCUAUUGGAUGCCAUAAUAUGAAGGAAGUUAGGCUUCAGAACGUUGGCGAGCAUGUUUCUUUUGCCGGAGGUAACAUCAACUUGCCUGAUGGAUAUGACACAGUGUUGGAUGUCCUACUCAGGGAUAUUCCAUCUCACUGUAUGUUAUACAACAAACAAGUUAAAUGUGUUCUGUGGGAUCAGGUAAUAGCUGACAAGAGCGGUGCUGAAUGUCAUUCACAACAUGCCAUUAGUGUAGUGUGUGAAGAUGGAGAGAUCUUCGAAGCUGACCAUGUUAUUGUAACAGUUCCCCUUGGGGUUUUGAAGAAACAUGCUUCAACAUUUUUCCAGCCUCCAUUGCCAGAGAAGAAACUGGGUUCCAUUACAAGAAUGGGUUUUGGAGUUGUAGACAAAGUCUUUCUGGAGUUUGAGAAACCCUUCUGGGAGGCAGGCAGUCCUGGAUUUCAGCUUGUUUGUAAAGAAGAUGACACAGAUCCAACAUGCCCCAAGGAGUGGUACAAAAAGCUGUACAUCUUCUAUGUAGACCCAAAGGCUCCUAACACUGUCUUUGCCUGGCUUUCUGGGGAAGAGGCGCUGUACAUGGAGGCACUGGCUGAGGAGGAGGUUGCACACACCAUUGUGCAAGUUCUCAGGAGAUUCACUGGGAAUGAUGGGAUCCCCCUCCCUCGGGGGCUUGUGACAAGUAGGUGGGGCAGUGACCCCCUGACCUGUGGCUCCUACUCUUUCAUGGCUGUUGGGGCAAAUGGGGAAGAUAUUGACACCAUAGCAGAACCACUCUACAGCCAACAUACAAGGGAGCCAGUGGUACAGUUUGCAGGAGAAGCCACCCAUCGUCAGUACCACUCCACUGUGCAUGCUGCGUACUUAUCUGGUCAGAGAGAGGCUGACAGACUGAUCCACCUGUACAAGAGCUGACUGGCCUGACUAGAGAAUAUAACAGGAUGUGCAAAUCUAUGUAAUCAGUUCUAUGAAUUACCCAACGCAUGUACAUCUUUUGGCAAAGUAAGCCCAAAUCAAUAGCAGUAAUCUCCUUUGACUCGAUUGAAGGAGGUUGGCAAGUUUGAUCAAUAACUUGAACGGGAUAGUUGGCAAAUAUGCAGAAUCACAAAAGUUGAAUGC